AAUGGGUCGCUUGACGAACGGGUUACCGUUGGGCAACACAGGAGGCCUCACACCGUCUCUUUCACUUUCACGCCUCCUCCGUCUUCUCUCUCCCUCUUUCUCCAUUCCCCUACCCAAAAUUUAAUUUGCUUUUAUUUUGUUUUUAAAUUUUGUUUAAUUUUCGUACAAGGUUCGUGAGGAGUGUUGUUGAUCUCGCUUGCGAAUCUUGUGCGAUGUGAUUUGGAAUAAAAGGAUGACUACUCGGAAUGCAGACUCCUCACAUGGAGAUGGCGGCGCUCCUCUUUGCCAACCUGCCCAGCCUGAUCAAAUGCGUUCUCGUGCAGGCAAUAUGAUUCACGUUACUUUGCAGGUUUUCAAGAGCGGACCACUUUUUAUAUCAUCAAAAGGAAUUGGAUGGACAUCAUGGAAGAAAAGGUGGUUUAUUUUAACACGUACAUCGUUGGUUUUCUUUAGAAGUGAUCCAAGUGCUAUUCCUCAAAAGGGUAGUGAGGUGAAUUUGACCCUUGGUGGUAUUGACCUCAACAAUUCAGGCAGUGUGGAUGUCAAAGCAGAUAAAAAACUCUUGACUGUGCUCUUUCCUGAUGGUCGUGAUGGGCGAGCUUUCACACUCAAGGCUGAAACUUUAGAGGAUCUAUAUGAGUGGAAGGCUGCACUUGAAAAUGCUUUAUCACAGGCACCAAGUGCUGCCUUGGUGAUGGGGCAAAAUGGAGUCCUCAAGAAUGAUCAGGCUGAGGCAGUUGAUGGUUCUACUGAACAGUUGAAGGAUAAGUUGCCUGCGAAGUCCUCGGUCCUUGGUAGGCCAAUUUUACUUGCUUUGGAAGAUGCUGAUGGUACUCCUUCUUUCUUGGAAAAGGCCCUUAGAUUUAUAGAAGAACAUGGAGUCAAAAUAGAAGGGAUCUUGCGACAAGCUGCAGAUGUCGAUGAUGUUGAACGUCGAAUUCGGGAAUAUGAAAAAGGAAAAAAUGAAUUUUCUCCAGAUGAGGAUCCGCAUAUCAUCGCUGAUUGCGUCAAGUAUGUCCUCCGGGAGUUACCAUCAUCUCCAGUUCCUGCAUCUUGCUGCAACGCAUUAUUAGAAGCAUGUCGAACUGAUCGUAACAAUAGAGUCAAUGCUAUGCGUGGUGCAAUAUGUGAAACAUUCCCAGAGCCUAAUCGCCGCCUAUUGCAAAGAAUUCUAAUGAUGAUGCAAACUGUGGCUUCUCACAAAGCUGAGAAUCGAAUGAGCUCUUCAGCUGUGUCCGCUUGCAUGGCACCUUUACUUCUUCGUCCCCUUUUGGCUGGUGAUUGCGAGCUUGAAAAUGAUUUUGAUGUGGGUGGGGAUGGUUCUGCUCAGCUUCUGCAAGCAGCUGCUGCUGCUAACCAUGCUCAAGCUAUUGUCAUAACUCUCCUAGAGGAGUAUAAUAAUAUGUUUGGGGAGGCGUCCAUGUCUGCUGAUCUAUACACUGAUUCAGAAGAGAGUGGAUGUGAGACUGAGGAGCAAACUGAUGAUGAUGACGAUGAUGAUGAGAUCCUGGAAGAUGAUGGAUAUGAUGAUGUAACAGAAGACCCUGAUGCAGAUACAGAUGAUGAUCUGGAACAUUCAUCAAAUGGAACCUGCAGUGAAAGUGGUAACAAUGGAGAUGAUGAUCUUUGUCAUGAUAAGGACUCUGAAGGUUAUAGCUCAAGUUCCAAGUCCUCUGAAGUAGGUGAUGGUUUUGAAGCCAAUCAGAAGUUGUCAUCAAGUCCACCCCAAACUUCAUUGCUUCAUCAGGAGAAUGUAGAAAAUAGUGGCAAAUUUCAGACUCAAAGUAAUAGUUGUUCAGCAAUGCAGGGUAGUUAUUCUGGCGAACAAUUAGAAGAAGUUCCUGUAGAAGCUAGCUCCAUACAUAAGCUAGCUGGCCAGCGUUCAUCCCCUCAUAUUAAAAAAUCUACGACUAUAGCAAGUGGACCAAUGAAUAAGCGCCCUACUGUUUGGGGCCGUACCCCUGGAAGAAAAAACCUUUCCAUGGAAUCCAUUGAUUAUGUCGUUGAAGAUGAGGUUGAAAUCCAGAGGCUUGAGGCCUGGAAAGCUGACCUACAGAAUAGAAUUGCUGAAGAGUCUAAAGAGAAUGCAGUACUGCAAGCAAGUUUGGAAAGAAGAAAAAGGGACUUGCAUGAGCGUCGCCAAGCACUCGAGCAAGAUGUGGCAAGGCUACAGGAACAAUUGCAAAAGGAGAGAGAUUUGAGGACAGCUCUGGAAGCUGGACUUAAUAUGUCUCAGGGUCCAUUACCUAUCUCAGCCACUAUUGAUGGAAAGGUGAAGGCAGAGCUUGAGGAAGUUGCUCUUACAGAGGCAGAUGUCAUUAAUUUAAAGCAGAGGGUUGAUGAUCUUAGUGCUCAGCUUAAUCAACAAUGUGAGGUAAACUGUGGUCCUAUGCAUGAUUCAUGCAGUGAGCCCCAAAGAACACAGGACCAUCAAGCAAAACUGAAGGAUAAACAGAAGGAUGUGGAAACUACAUCUACUUCACAUCUUCAUGAAAAGUCAACAAGAAAUAAGGUGCAACAGGAUGCUUGUAUGGAUGGAGCAGACCGUGAGAACAAGAAACAUGAAAGCAAAAAUCCUCCUCAGAACCAGCAGCUGGACCCAGUACGUAGCAGCUGCAGCUCCAAGUUUGUUGGUGCUCAGGCCACUUCAUCUGCUGCAGACCCUGCAGUAGGCAGGUCCAAUAGUCAUUCCAAUUCGAAGAAGUCGGGUACAAGGAAUGAGGGAUCCAAUUCUACAACUUCUGCACUGUCCAAGCUGACAACCCGACUCAACUUCUUAAAGGAGAGGCGUACUCAGAUAGCAAAUGAGAUCCAAAAUAUGGACAAAGGCAGAAGUUCAAGUUCAAGUUCAAAUCAGGCUGCUCAAAACCCGGAAAGGGGCAGAGGAUCUGAAGGCCGCCAACCAGUCCAAAAUAUGGACAAGUCUCAAGCCUCUGAAGUUCAAUCCCUCCAAAAUACAGAGAAAGGUAAGGGACAGGACUGCAGCCAAUCUCUCCAAAAUCAGGACAAGCCUAGGAAAUCAGAUGCUCAACCACAGCAAAAACCAGGAUAGAGCCUUGGUGGACCAAGUUCAGAGGCCGGAGCUCAGGAUUCUUGCAGACAAAUCCAUUUUGCCUGAGUUGAUUUUCUUUGUUUAUUUGGAGAAAAAAAAAUUAAUUGAAAAAAGAAGAAGAAAAGCUAAAGGUCUAAUUUCACCAUCCUUCUCUUGC